UCCCCCAGGUGUCACUGCCUCCUCCCCCCUCACAUGACCUGGCAUUGGGGGUGGGGGGAACAGGGGACACAGUCUGGGCUUUUCUGUCUCCUUGCCAUUUCUAGCCCCUAGAAUGGAGAGAGGUAUACAGUAGGCACUUCAUAAAUGCACGGGGAGUUGACCCAAGUCCUGGAAACAGACCUACCGCCCCUGGUGUCACUUGGAGCAGGGAGGACUGUGGGCAUUUCCAAGGCAGAGGCAGGUCUGGGAGCUGGGAAGGGGGAAGGGGGAAGGGCCCACCCCUCUCAUUGCUGCCUUCUCCUUUCUAGCUCAGCCUUGUGGGACCCCAGGGGCCUGGGUGUGGGCCAGAGCAGGGAGCGGGAAGGAGUGAAGAAUGGGCCCAGUGCUCCUCACCAGCAGGUUUCCCCAGGAAUCCAUGAGAUUCAAGGAUGUGGCUGUGGACUUCACCUGGGAGGAGUGGGGCUACCUAGACACUUCCCAGAAGGAGCUUUACUGGGAGGUGAUGCUGGAGAACUACUGGAACCUGGUCUGCCUGAGUAAGGAUGGCUCCUCUGGGGACUCAGGAUCUGCCCCUGAAAGGCCUUGCAGAUUCCAACAAGGAUGUGAUCUCUCAGCUGGAGUUAGGGGAAGCACAUGGGAUUCCAACGGGUAGUGUCCUAAGAGUCAUCUGGCCAGAUUGGGAUGCCAGGGCUCAGACCAAAGAGUCAACUCCAAAGAUAUGCACUUCUGUGGAAGACUUAUCCCAGCAAACGCCCUCAUGGGAUGAUCCAUGCAUCUCCAAGAUGGGGAAAGCCUGGGAAUAUUAUAGCAGGCUAAAGAAAGAGCAGAAUAAUGAGGAGAAACACUCUGGUCAAGGAAAAGGAAACCAAACAGAACUUGCCAGUGAAGUAAGAGGCUCUAAACACAGUAAAUACAGCCCAGUCCAUUUUCCACAACGGGAAGUAUCUGUAGUAAUAAAUCUCCAUAAAGGUGAUAUCCAGAGAAGGAACUUCACCAUGGAGUCAGACCAAAGACAGUGUAAUCAAAUCUGUUCACAGAAGAAAUAUUCUGAGGCUAACAAAUGUCAGGAAACCUUCAGCCCUGAUUUUGAUAGCAUUAAAAAAUACGGAGUUCUUGGUGAAGAGAAAUAUGAAAAUGGGAAUUGUUUCUUCCCAAAUAAUGAACUUGCUCCACACCAAAGAACUGAUACAGGAAAAAAGUGUCCUGAAUUAACUAAAAGUGAGAAGACAUUCUGUCAGAAGGCAUAUCUUACUCAAUACACUAGUAUUCAGAGUCAGAACAAAUAUUAUAAAUGCAGCGAAUGUGGAAAGGCCUUCCCGCAGAAGAUAAAACUUGUACAACAUUACAGAAUUCAUACUGGAGAGAAACCUUUCAAAUGUAGCGAAUGUGGAAAGGCCUUCCGUCAAAAGGCACAUCUCAUAAGACAUUGUAGGAUUCAUACUGGAGAAAAACCUUUUAAAUGCAGUGACUGUGGGAAAGCCUUUCCCUGGAGCACAGCGUUGACUCUACAUCGGAGAACUCACACUGGAGAGAAAUCCUAUGAAUGCAAUGAAUGUGGAAAGACAUUUGCAUCACACAAUAACCUUUCUCUGCACAGGAGAAUUCAUAAAGGAAUAAAACCUCAUGAAUGCAGUGUGUGUGGGAAGGCAUUCUCUCAGAAGUUUAUUCUCACGCAUCACAGUAUUAUUCAUAGUGGAGAAAAACCGUAUGAAUGCAAUGAAUGUGGAAAGGCAUUCCCAACAAACUCUAAACUUUCUGUGCACCAGAGAAUUCAUACAGGAAUAAAACCUUAUGAAUGCAGUGAAUGUGGAAAAGCAUUCUCUCAGAGAUCUGAUCUUACUCGUCAUGUUAGUAUUCAUACAAAAGAAAAAUCAUAUGAAUGCACUGAAUGUGGAAAAUCCUUCACCAGGGGUGCAGGUUUUUCAUCCCAUAAGAGAAUACAUGCCAGACAGAAAUCUUAUGAAUGUGAUUAAUAUGGGAAGGCAUUGUACCAGGUCAGAACACUUACUCAACAUUGUAGAAUUCAUGAUGGAGAGAAAUCUCAUUAGUAUCACGUUGAAGCAAAACAUUUCUCUUGCAGAGACUUUUUGAUAAAUUUACUUCAUAUUGGAAAGGAUCCAAGAAAUACAGUGCAUGUGGAAAGCCCUUUAAUUUAUGAUGAUGAGCUAUUUUUCCUCAAUACAGGGGGUCAUUGACUGGAGAUACAAAUCAGGCAUAUACUUUCACAAGUAA